UUUGUUUUUUUAUUUUAUUAUUAUUUUUAUUUUACUAAUAAAUUUGGCGGAAAAAAAUUGUUGAGGUGCAAGCAUAAUGGAGGAAGAUCAACCCAAACAAACUAAAGUCUGCUUCCUUUUUGACAUUAUUGUAACUCGCUUGCGAAUGUACAAAGAUAAAAUCGACAAUCCGCAGAGCCUAGCGGUUAAUGUUAGGUUUAAUAAAAUGUCAAUUAACGUUACAGCGAGCCGUAUAAAUGUGAGCGAAUUCCAAUCUGGACGCCGCAUUGAAUUCUCAACAGAACCCGAUACAAUGCGCCAAAACCUGGAGGCUGAUGGCUUGCCGAUCGUUGUGCGAUACAGUGGGCUCUCUUUAGGGAACGCGCGUAUCAAAUUUCCCCAGAACUUUAUCGAUAGCAUUGAGGAUGGGAUGAGUGACCAACUACAUGCAGACACAUGUAGCAUUGAACGCCGUGGAGUCGAGGUGGGAACUAUAGAGAUUCUUUGCAUACUAAUUGCCAAGUGCUUGGAGCAAGCCGAACAGCCAGAACCCUGCAAUAAGAGCUGCGGCAACCUGGCAAGGGCUAUUAAUGCGGCUGACAUCAUGUUUGUAGUGGGCGACCCCGAUCCCUGCCCCAAGAUUUGUGAACCGUGCGCGGAUGAGCUGGAGCAAGAGGAAGGUGAUGAGCAACUUAAGUUGGAUCUAAACCGCUAUCCCAGCUUAAACCAGAGAGUCACUAAGCCACCUACGAGAGAGAUUUGUGGCACGGAAGCAUGCUGCCAAUUACAAGCUAUAACGAAGCAUUACGGAGAAAUCAUCGAAUCGGUUGUGAAGAAUGCAACUCGUUUAACUACGUCGAACCUAAAUAAGGAUCUUGUUAUCACGGACUGGAGCGGAAAACAGAGAAACUUCCCACAAAAGUAUGUAGAUCGCUCGAUAGCCAUUCCUACUGGGGACAUUGACGAGUUUGGAAUAAAGUCCAUACGUUUCUGUCCUGUUUGCCUCACUCCAAUGUCGUGGCUGCCCAAAUACUUUCCCUGUCCUAAAUGCUGUACUAAAGCCAUGCCACAAAUAGAGACUAUACCCGGCGAAAAGCUCACGGCCGACCAAAUUAUGAAUGAGUUUCUCCGACUGCCUGCAAAAUCAGUCGAAGAUGAUGAAAAGGAGCCAGAUGUCUCCAAGCGCUGUACCUGCAAGAAUAAUAUAGUUUGUACUCAUUGUCGCAUUCGCAAUUUGUGCGCAUACAUGCUCAAACCGCGCGUUCACCAAGAAAAGUGCCCCAGCGUUACGCCUGAUCAAAAUGAGGACUUUUGUGUAGUAGUCGAGUCCGAGGUAUGUCGCCCGUAUUUAGAACGUGUAUUCGGCGAGCUUCGAGAUCUCUACGGCGAAAGGGAGGCUAAUAAAACUGCUGAAUUACAGAAGCGUUCGAAACCAACGUUGGGACCUAAAGAGACAGUGGACUUGGCUAAGAAAGCACUAACGGGCGCCAUACAGAACGCACAUAGUAGUCCGAGCUAUUUGCAGCGGACAUCGAAUGGCCCAAAAAUUGGCCAUAAGACUUGUCUUAGGCCUCAACCCUUUGUCUCCCGUCGACACGGCUGGGCGUGGCCAUCGACCAAAAAAGCGCGCAAAUAUGGGUGGCGCCCAGGAGCCAUUUGUCGGUAUGCUGGAACCGUAAUGAGGUUCUUUUUGCAAUACUCCCGAGACAAUAAUGCAUUUAACACCUGUCGGCGGGCUGAAAGACCAAAAAGAAAGCAGCUUCCUAUUCUCAACGUGUGCAAGAGAAAUGGCGCAAUAUACAUAACAUUGCGUGCCGUCAAUAAUCCACAUAUAGAAAUGAAACCCAUUGUAUUCAGGAUAGUCAAAAGCGAUCUUGCCGUGGCCCUCAGGGAGAUCAAGAAGAAGCUCAAGGACAAGGGCUACCGCAAAUGUGUUUGCCACAAAACUGUGAUGUUGUGCGUGUGUCGCAAAAUGCUUGAAAAGAAAAAUCUUGAAGAAGAACUGCAAAAGGAGUGUAAACGGCGAGGAAUGGAAAACUGCGUGGAUCAUUUGGUGCUCACCGACACCAGUGACAGUGAGGUCGAGUUUGAUUUUGAUGUGACCCCGCCAGCAGGCGUGGCAAAGCCCCAGCUAUCUGUAAAACCUCGUACUGUCACCUUGAGUACACAGACAAAUCCGAAAGACAAAGCCCCACCAAAAUAUCCCAUAGAAGUUGGUCCCUACUGGCGCGCCUAUGACUGCGCUGCUGGCGAUCGGUACACGGGCACAGCGUUCGGUAGGCCCGGUGAAGCCGUAUUUGAGGAUGGCAUCUUUGGAUACGGGGGCGGCGGACCGCAUGGACCAUACGCCACUCCCGGUGGGAGGGCCAAGACCCACGGAAUAUGGGGUGCGAGCCCAGGUGGGCCUUUACAAGGUGGUGGACGUGUGGGUGAUGGUAAAAGAGGCAGUCCAGGCGGAAAGUCUUUUCCUGGUGAUAAAAAGAAACCAACAGGUCCUAGUGCGCCCAUCCCUGUAAGAAUGCCAAAACGCUAUAUUGAGGCUCUGAAGAAUGCUGCUCAGGCAGAGAAAGAUGCAGUGCAGAAUGAGAUUGACAGGAAGAAAAGGGGCAUUGACCUAAUGCAGUAUUUGAUGAAACACGAUGCAAUUCCCACGCCCUGGAACCCCAAUGAACCUAAACCAAAAGUGAAAACUAAGACUGGCCCAGUCGUGGGGCCAGAUGGGCUGACCGAUGCACAGCGCAAGCGUCGGGCUCUUAACCAGAUUUGCAUUCCACCAUUUGAGAGCUUGGCUCGGCUUGGCAAGGGUUACGAUCCGUGCACUCAAUGCUACUCUCCUUGUGCUCAGUGGUGUCCUCCUUGCAGCUACUAUUGCUAAGAAACACCGGGAUCUUGACUGCGAAUUUGAAGUAUCAACAUGAGCAGUUCAUUAUGCUACAACUUGCAGCUUAUAAGAAAUCAAAUACGAGGUUACCGCCAAAUAAGACAAGCUUUUAAGACAGGCAUUUCGGAAUGAUAAAUAAUACAUAAAACAAGACCAUUUUACAUAGGUCACUUAAUGCCAAUAAAUUUU